GAAACCACGUGACUAGUUUGAAGUGGGAGUGUAAAGAUGGUUGCCACUGUAACCAAAUCAAAUCUGGAUCGAUUGCGAAGUUUCUGGUUUUUAUAUCCAAUGUUUCAUUUUAAAAACACCCGUGAAUUAACAUGUUUGUUUGUUACCGUUUGUAUAUUGAUGAGCCAGUCGCUGGCAGACAGCCAGGACUUUAUGGAGGACUUUUUGAAGCGGGAGUAUUCUCUGGCAAAGCCAUACCGUGGGUUAGGUUUCUCUAGUUCUUCACAGUGGGAUCUGAUGGGCACGGCCAUGGUUACGCCUGACUAUGUGAGGCUGACCCCAGACCUGCAGAGCAGACAGGGAGCUGUUUGGAGUCGAAUUCCUUUCUUCUUGCAGGACUGGGAGCUCAAGGUGCACUUUAAAAUCCAUGGCCUGGGAAAGAAGAAUUUGAAUGGGGAUGGACUGGCUGUCUGGUUAACCAAAGAUCGCAUGCAGAACGGUCCUGUGUUUGGCAACAUGAACCAGUUCAUUGGAUUGGGAAUAUUUGUGGACACCUACCCCAACGCUGACAAGAACCAUGAUAGGACUUUCCCGUAUAUAUCAGUGAUGCUGGGGAAUGGGACUCUGUCAUAUGACCAUGACUAUGAUGGACGGCCCACUGAGCUCGGAGGAUGUACAGCUAUGGUGCGCAACGCAAUUUACGAUACAUUUCUGCUCGUCAGAUACUCCAAAAACAGACUCACGCUCAUGGUGGACGUAGAUGGUAAGCAGGAAUGGAAAGACUGUGCGGACAUCACAGGACUGCGGCUACCCACAGGCUACUUUUUUGGUGCCUCAUCCGCCACUGGAGACCUGUCAGAUAACCAUGACAUCAUCUCCAUGAAGUUGUACCAGCUGACAGUAGAGAGGACUCCUGAGGAUGAGGAAGAGGAGGAGGUCACCAUCCCCAGGGUUGACAACAUGGAACAGUUCCAAGUGGAAGUCCAGGAGGAAGGGAUGAGCGGAGUCCAGUUCUUCUUCACCCUCCUCUUCUCCAUCCUGGGCCUGGGUGUGCUGGCAGUGGUGGGGAUGGUGGUUUAUGGGCGCUGGAAGGAAAACCGACGCAAGCGUUUCUAUUGAUCAGAGAGUGGUUGAUCCACAUAGGUUUUCAGAAUGUAUGUUUUUUUUGAUCAACAUACAACACAACAAUGCAAACACUGCACUAGCUUUACUGAACCAUACAAUCGAACAACCUCGUGGGUCUGAUGCCCAGAGCCAAGAGAACACCUGAGAAGAACAGCUGAAGAGAUCAGGAACUGGUGAGAGAGCCAGCUGUGAAAUAUUCUUUUUUUUUUUAAUCUUGUGUUAUAGAAGAUAGAUGAGAUAAAGCUGCCAUAGAAGAUUUUUUUUUGGAGACACUGUAGAUUUAACAUAUCUGCCCCACUUCUACAUCAACAGGAAGAGACUUAACAAAAACUUCAGAAUCAAUCACAGAUGCUGUGUGUAGUUUACUGACAUCAUGUUACAUGAUUUCUCACUGCCCCUUGGUGCUGCCAGCGUGCAGCUUUAAUCUGACAUGUAGCUGCUGUGAAGACCAGUCAACCUGUGGAUCACUGUAGACUUCUUUUUGUUGCACUGAAAAAAAGUAAAACGGUAUUGAGCUCCCAUGCAUUUGAGAGCACCUUAUAAACCAGACAAGCCCUUACGUCAGCUUAAGGAGAUUAAUGGUAGCUUUUUGUAAAUGAAUGAUUUAUUCGUCGCGCUCUAUGUUGUAUGUUAAAGUUAGAACUAAAGUCACGUGUGCUGUUUGAAGUGCCUAGCUAGGACCAAUAAACACAAGCUCUUUCUUAUGUUCCAGUCCUUUCUGCAUGUAACAUCAGAAGUUAUUUGGCUUCAUUUACUUUCUAAAGUUACUAACAUUUCUCCGUUAUGAUAAGUGGAUGUAAAGGUUUGUCACUGUUACGCCCCAAAUAUCAUUUUCAGCAUCAGUUUUCUGUGUCACUGAAUCAAACCUGUUUCAUUAACCAAUUCAUUUGUGAUCCUUUUUCUCUGACUUCAGCAUUAGCAUUUACUAUGAAUUGAAUAGCCAUACACAGGAGCGUGUAGUCAAAUGUGAGUUUGAGUACAUUGAGUAUGUGAAUGUGAAUACUGUUUACUUUUUAGUUGUUUUACCUGGAAUAUAAAUCCUGCCAUCAUACAUGCUCCCCCCAGCUUUGUCACAACUACCAGAGAUGAUCCUUUCUGCCUUUCUAGCCAGUACGCCAGUGUUUGCUGAAGCAAUGUGUUGAUAUUUAAAUAGUACGUAACCACUACAACUGCUUCUUGAGGUACUGUGUAUCUUUUAUUAGAUCCUAGUCUCAUUCUAUAGCAUCUGUAAAAGCAAGUUAUUUUUGUUUUUGCAAAAAAAAAAUCUAGUAGUUCUACUAACUUGACCCACAUAAAUCUGUGUACGUCCCAUGGGACACGCUGAACUGCAAGGGGGAGUGAAGUUACUGCUUUGAAUUUUGACUGGUAAGAAAGAAACUUGGAGUUGUGCAAGUGAAACACAAGCCAUUGCUGGCUGGGUUAGAGGUCAAACCCUGAGUUACAAAUGUAAUUACAGUUCUAUGAACUCUGGCUUGCUCUGGGUUGUAAUAUGUAGCCACGAAAAGCGUGUGAAAAUGGCUGAAAUGCAUCAGUUUCAACAGGUUGAGAGGAACAAUCUCAGAGCUGUGAGGGUUUGGGCUUCAAGUAUUUCUUUUUCAUUUGCUAAGGGUUUGUGUUCAAUGUAAAACAAGGUGUUAAGUUGCUCCUUAAUAAUGCUUUUCAUUUGUAUCUUUGUCUUCAAGUAGAUGUACAUACUGAAAAACAUUCUGAAGCACGAGAGGGAAUAAUACCGUUUUUCCUGGCUAAAAUUGGCCUAUAGUCAGGAAUUCCACAUAAAUUGGUGGGAUUUCACUUUACAAAAGUACAGUACAGUGAACAGUGAGAUUGUCAGACUCAUGAUGAAAAGCAACUUUCUAAUCCUUCACAUAAGAGCAGCUUGGUCAGGCUGAAAUCAGACUUCACUUUUCUAAAGAUUGUGUGCUUGUGACAUGUCCUGAUCACCAUGUAGACUUCACCGUGUUCCUUUGAAUGAUGUUGGGCUUAUUUGUAGGAGUGAUUUUAAUUUAGUUCAUUUUGUAUUCUUGCAUAUGUCAUGUUGGCUGUCACAGCUGUUUUAAAACAAUGUCAGUCAGUAGUUGACUAAAGGUUAGAACCACUCUGCCAUCAUUGCUAGAGUUAAAACUGUCUACAAAACUUCAAAGAGCAGGUUUUGUUGGUAGAUUCCAAUAUUGUUGUCCGUCUUCAAGGUUUACUGUUAUUUCUCUUUUCCUCUAAUUGUCAGUGUAGGUGAUUUUCUUUCUUUACUGUAUUUGUCGUUUUAAUCAUUGAAUUCACCAUGGGCCAUCAUUGGGGCAAACAUCCCUUUAGUUCAAUAUUUAAAAAUAAAAACUAUGCUUUGCAAUUCUGCUUUAAAUUUGUUAAUCAAAACCAUUGAAAAACUGUGAAUGAAGAGUAUAUGUGUAUGUCAUGCUCCUGUAACUGACUCUUUUCUCAUUAAAGGUUUUUUAUGCUAGUU